AUGUCUGUUCAAUUAGACAAUCAGCAGUCAAUUAUUGACUAUUGCCGCUCUUGCCCAGACGAUCAACUUAUUGGGGGCUCUAAGUAUGGCAACCGAGUUGUUAAGCUACCAAAUUAUGACUUGGUAGUCAAGUUCGGCCGGCAGGUCUCCUCCUACGAGGCCAAGAAUCAGCAAAAAGAGUAUAAUAUCGUUGAUCCCAAAAUUGUCACGGUCCCUUGGGUUCAUAAUUUCUUUGUGGAUGAUGAGGGUUGGGGCUACAUGGUAUCAGAUUUUAUUGCGGGCAAAACCAUUGAUCCUCUUCCACACUCUCACAUCCAAAAACUCUCCAGCGUUCUUGAGUUUUUUUUGGCUCUAUUACCUCUGAGACAGCCGCUGGAAUUUGCAAGUUUAUUCUAUCAAGAAUACCAUUUUGGCGAUGUGCUUCUGAGUGCCAUCGGCUUUGGUUCUGAGCGUGACAAAGAAGAACAGCAGAAGAUCUGCCAGGCAUUGUAUAACAAUGAAAGAUACACCUUUCGUCCGCCGGACAUUUUGGAAGGCUCGAAAGCCAGUUCCAUAUUCCCUCUUCCACAAAUUCCAGAACCGCAAAAAUUUUCGUUUUGA